AUGAGCUAUGCUCCUUUACGGCAAUCAAUCGAUGAGCCUGGAUCGUCAACGAGGCCACAGCGAUCGACCAAGAACUUCAAUAUAGAUCUCAAUGGCUUGGACACUGCACUCAAAUCGUGGUCUUCUUCUAUUUCCGACAAGGUCAAUCUCAGAAGCCGGCCAAGGAAGUCGAGGAGACAGCACAGUCCUCCAAUCCCAAUCUUAUCCAGCGUAUUCACCCCAAUCCCCUCCGAUAGCAGCUACGUUCCUCCUACUCUCCCUCCGCGCUCUGAAUACGACAAGCUCGUCAAGCGCGUCAGAAACGCCAUUGACGAUGGGCUACACCCAAAAAUGAUCGUCAAAGGCUCUAGUGGAAGUUAUUUCGUUAGAGGCAAGCUUAAUAGCAAUGACGUCGAAGUUAUAGGCGUAUUUAAACCAAAAGACGAAGAGCCAUACGGUCAACUAAACCCAAAAUGGACGAAAUGGGCUCAUAGGAAUUUCUUCUGGUGGAUCGGUUUUGGUAGAAGUUGCUUGAUUCCCAAUUUAUCUUAUAUAUCCGAAGCUGCUGCUUCCGUACUGGACGAUAGACUUGAACUGGGCAUCGUACCACGCACUGGAUUAGUCGACCUUGCCUCCCCUUCCUUCUUCUACGAGUGGGCUGACAGACGUGCUUGGCAUAAGAAAGGCAGACAUCUACCCGACAAGAUCGGUAGUCUACAAACUUUCAUGCAUGGAUUUAGAGACGCGUCCAACUUCCUCGCCGAACAUCCAUUUCCCGGUCGAUCUUCCGCAGACGCAUUCGCAGCUAAUAGGAAGAAGCGUUCACACAAUUUUUGGAGAUGCCAGCCACUACAAGUCAUGUGUGGUAGGAGAGAAGGCGAUAACGAUGAUCUUUUCGACUACGACGUAGACGCUGAUGCUGAAUGGCAGGUUCAUGCUCAGUUGGACGAUGAUGACGAUGAUUACUUCUCAACGAGACAGCCACGUGCUAGCUACACUGACAGACCAUUUAGCUGGACGCCUGAACUCCAACAGAGCUUUAGAGAAGAAUUAGAGAAACUCGUCAUUUUAGACUACCUCAUGCGCAACACUGACAGAGGACUUGACAAUUUUAUGAUACAGUUUGAUCCAGGACAAACCCUCAACCGCAAUUCAAAUAUAAAUGGAAUUAUUAAUAGACCACCAACACGCAACGCCGAACCAUUCGUACCCGACGUGUCUUCGAUGUCAGGACCAUCAACGCCUCUCACAAGCAAUCAACAAAGUACUUCAUACGUGCCGGAUCAGCAGAGCAAUCCUCAAGAAUCAUUAUUUUACGACGAUAAUCAGUUCGAUGCCAAGCAAUCGAUAUUAAACAUACCAAGAGCACCAACACCAUCGUUUUCACAGUCAAAGCAAUCAAUACCGGAGAACAGACCACGUAUUCGUAUAGCAGCUAUCGACAAUUCGUUGAGUUUUCCACAUCAGCAUCCGAAAGGAUGGAGAUCCUAUACCUAUGGAUGGUUAUUCCUUCCAGUAUCAUUAAUUGGACAGCCAUUCUCAGCAUCAACAAGGCGACACUUUUUACCGCUGUUGAGUGAUCCAAAGUGGUGGGCAGAGACGACGCAAGCUUUGAGGGAAGUAUUUGAAGUGGAUCCUGAUUUCAACGAAGGAAUGUUCGCCCGACAGAUGGCCAUAGUGAAAGGACAAGGGUGGAACAUUGUGCAGAGUCUCAGACAUGCCGACGAAGGUCCAUUGGAGUUAUGCAGAAGAGUGAAAGUGCUAGUAUGGGAUGACAUUAUAGACGUCGCAGACAAUCAAGAAGUGGAGGAGCAAGAUAUUACUGAGAGGAGGUACAGCUAUACCGAGGAUGAGCAUGAGGAGGAUGAGGAGGGUGACGAUGAUGAUGAUGAAAUAAAGUCACUGCCUGGACACAAUGAGUACAGCAGCAGAAAAUCCAAGUCAAUGGAUGGUGGAGUGCGGACUAGCUUUGACAAGUCGCAUUCAGCAUCAAUCACACCACCACAUUCACCAGCUCAAUCGAGUGUAAACAGCCGUCCAGUACCAUUUUCGAGACAGAGGUCAGCCAGUAUAUAUGCCAAGAGUCUUGAAGCGGCAUCUGGAGUAGACGUUUUGCAACACAUGGAUCAACUGGAUGCAGUGGAGCACUCAAUGCACCAACUCGCAAACGAGCAGGAUCACACGCAAGUGAAUAAUGUGAAUGUAGAGCGAGAUGAUGCAGAUGUCGGUACUGCACGCAAUGCCGAGGAAUGGCUCAAAACGUACGCAUCUGGUAAUGACAGAUCGGAGCAGCGACCUGGCAGACUUUCGGUAGAUACUGCCGCAUCGUCUCAUUACAACCGCACAAACAGCCAUAGGAUGCCACCAGCACCAUACAAGACUCGCAAGGUAAUUGUCGAGCGUUUGGAGACUGUCAAAGGAGGUAAUCCAUACUUUGAGACGUGGUAG